AUGAAGUCAAACAGAAGUAAAACUUCAAGGUAUGGCUCUCUCAGCUCACACGAAACCAUGUUUGCCACUCUCAUUGUCAUGCUGGUGGUGCUCUGUGCUGGAUUAAUUGCUGUGUCCUGGCUGGCAAUCAAGGAAUCAGAAACAGAUGCAGUACCUGGAAAAAGUCAUGAAACCAGAGGGACAUUUAAAAUCACAUCUGGAGCAACGUAUAAUCCUAAUUUACAAGACAAACUCUCAGUGGAUUUCAAAGUUCUUGCUUUUGACAUUCAGCAAAUGAUAGAUGAGAUCUUCCAAUCAAGUAAUCUGAAGACUGAAUAUAAAAGCUCAAGAGUUUUACAAUUUGAAAAUGGCAGUGUUAUAGUCCUAUUUGACCUUUUCUUUGCUCAGUGGGUGUCAGAUGAAAAUGUAAAAGAGGAACUGAUUCAAGGCAUUGAAGCAAAUACAUCCAACCAGCUGGUCACCUUCCGUAUUGAUUUGGACAGCAUUGAUAUCACAGCAUCUUUGGGAAACUUCACGGCAGCAACACCUGUAACAACUUCGGAUAAGGUAACAGUCAGCAGUCCCCUAACAACUUCAGUAUCUCUGGGUAACUUCUCCACAACAAUUCCUGCGACAACUUCAGGUCCACUGAGUGAUUUAAAUUUACAAUUCCAAUCUUCUUUUAAAGGAAGCACCUCAGUACAGUGCCUACCUGGUUCAAUGCCUUGUGGUGAUGCUUGGAACUGUAUAGAAAUUGAUUUAUUUUGUGAUGGGGAAGUGAACUGCCCUGAUGGUUCUGAUGAAGACAGUGAAAUCUGUGCCACAGCUUGUGAUGGAAGAUUUUUGUUGACUGGGUCUUCUGGGUCUUUCCAAGCUGCUCAUUAUCCAAAGCCAACAGAACUGGGUAUUGUUUGCAGGUGGAUCAUCAGUGUACUUCAAGGACUUUCCAUUAAACUCAGCUUUGGAUCUUUUAUUUCAUAUUAUACAGAUGUGUUAGAGAUUUAUGAAGGUAUAGGAUCAAGCAAAAUUUUAAGAGCUUCUCUUAUGGAAUCAAAUCCUGGUGACAUUAGAAUUUUUUCCCAUCAAGUUACAGUGACCUUUCUUAUACAAUCUGAUGAAAAUGAUUAUGUUGGCUUUAAUGCCACAUAUAGUACAUUUAACAGCAGUGAACUUGAUAAUUAUGAGAAAAUCAACUGCAAUUUUGAGGAUGGGUUUUGUUUCUGGAUCCAGGAUCUUGAUGAUGAUAAUGAAUGGGAAAGGAUUCAAGGACCAACAUUUCCUCCUUAUACUGGACCACAAUUUGACCACACUUUUGGAAAUACUUCAGGAUUUUACAUCUCUACACCAACUGGGCAAGGAUGGAGAAGGGAAAGAGUGGGGCUUUUUAGCCUUCCUCUAGACUCCACAUUGGAGCCAGUCUGCCUAAGUUUCUGGUAUUACAUGUAUGGUGAAAAUGUUUAUAACUUAAGCAUUCAUGUCAUCAGUGACAAAAAUGUGGUGAAAACAAUUUUCCAAAGGGAAGGAAAUUAUGGAGAAAGUUGGUAUUAUGGACAGUACACAUUAUAUGAAGCAACAGAAUUUAAGGUUAUGAUCAGUGCCUUUAAAAAUCCAGGUCUAAGUGACAUAGCUUUGGAUGACAUAAGCCUAACACAUGGAAUUUGCAGUGAGAGUCUUUAUCCAGAACCAACCUUGGUUCCAACUCCUCCACCAGAGCUUCCUACCAACUGUGGAGGACCUUUUGAAUUGUGGGAGUCAAAUACAACAUUCAGUUCUCCGAAUUUUCCAGACAUCUACCCUAAUCAGGCUUUUUGUGUCUGGAAUUUAAAUGCAGAAAAGGGAAAAAAUAUACAACUCCAUUUUCAGGAAUUUGAGUUACAAGAUAUUUAUGAUGUGAUUGAAGUCAGAGACGGUGUGGAUGAUGAUUCCUUGCUCUUAGCUGUGUACACAGGGUUUGGCCCAGUGAAGGACAUAUUCUCUUCCACCAAUAGAAUGACUGUGCUUUUCAUCACCGAUGACACUUUUGCAUUGGGGGGAUUUAAAGCAAACUUCACUACUGGAUAUCACUUGGGGAUUCCAGAGCCCUGUGAGGAUGGCUAUUUUCAGUGUAAGGACGGAGAAUGCAUUCCAAUGGGAAAUCUCUGUGACGGUCAGCUGCACUGUAAGGAUGGCUCAGAUGAAGCAAGUUGUGUGCGUUUUUUCAAUGGAACAAUGAGCAACAAAGGUUUGGUGCAGUUCAGAAUCCAGAGCAUAUGGCAUACAGCUUGUGCAGAGAACUGGACCACACAAAUUUCAAAUGAGGUUUGCCAGUUUCUGGGACUAGGGAGUGCGAACUCAUCGAUGCCAAUAUUUUCUACUGAAGCUGGACCAUUUGUAAAAUUAAACACAGCACCUAAUGGAAGUUUAAUACUAACACCCAGUCAGCAGUGCUCACAGGAUUCCUUAAUUCUGUUACAGUGUAACCAUAAGUCAUGUGGAGAAAAAAUGGUGCCUCAGGAAGUGAACCCAAAGAUCAUUGGAGGAAGUGAUACACAAGCAGGGGCAUGGCCUUGGGUGGUGGCUCUGUAUUAUGGAAAUCGACUGCUCUGUGGAGCAUCUCUAGUCAGCAGCAACUGGCUAGUGACUGCUGCACACUGUGUGUACGGGAGAAACUUAAAUCCAUCCAGGUGGACUGCUGUCCUGGGCCUGCAUACAAGAUUAAAUCUGACGUCUCCUCAAGUAGUAAGUCGGGCGAUUGAUCAAAUUGUCAUUAACCCCCAUUAUGACAAACGGAGGAAGUUUAACGACAUUGCCAUGAUGCGCCUUGUGUUUAAAGUGAAUUAUACAGAUUAUAUACAACCUAUUUGUUUGCCAGAAGAAAAUCAAGUUUUUCUUCCUGGAAGAAAUUGUUUUGUUGCUGGCUGGGGAAUGGUUGUAAUAGAAGAAGAUUCCUAUGCAAACGUACUGCAAGAAGCUGUUGUUCCUCUUAUACCCAAUGAAAAGUGUCAGCAACAGAUGCCAGAAUAUAACAUCACUGAAAAUAUGAUAUGUGCAGGCUAUGAAGAAGGGGGAGUAGAUUCUUGCCAGGGAGAUUCAGGAGGACCAUUGAUGUGCCAAGAAAACAACAGGUGGCUUCUUGUGGGUGUGACGUCAUUUGGAGUCCAGUGUGCACUGCCUAAUCGCCCUGGGGUGUACGUCCGGGUCCCAAGGUUCACAGAAUGGAUAAAUAGUUUUCUAUAUUAA